AUGGAAUAUGGUAACACUAACAUGGGUGGCAGUCAGCAGAUAUACGUUUCGCAGUCUCAAGAGCCACCGAGAGUUUCAGGAUGUAACCCCCAACAUCUUGCUAAUACUUUCCCUGGAGUUGACUGUAAUUCAUCGAGUCGAAAUUAUGGCCCUUAUUCACAACCAUAUCAAGCUAAUGAGUACAGUGCGUCACAUAAUUCUCAUAUUGGAGGACCUCCAGGAGUUUAUCAGCAGUCGUUCUCUGGUGAAGCUCACGGCCAGAACUUGACACUCAACCAACUCUUGCAACAAAACAGUUCUUCAAGUACAUAUCAGGUCCGCCCAGUUAACAAUUCGCAACCAGUUUAUCGGGGUUACGAUCCAUAUUCGUACACAUAUAAACCCGGUGCACCCUCUUGUGCAGCACAAGGUCGAACUCAGGCAAACACGUAUUCCUUCUCUGGAGCCCAACGUUUUGCGGAUCCAUAUACUCGAUCCUAUCUUCCAUAUCCACCUGGUCCACAUUAUCCAUACUAUCCACAUUCACAGUCAUUAAUACAAAGGUCUCGUGCACCCCAACCUCCUGGCCUAGAUUAUGCUAACAUCAAUUCUUGUAAUCAAUCAAGACCACCUCAGCCUACUCCAUCUGGAGGAAGUACUCCAAAUCAAAUUGAGCGCCCACCCUCAAGAAAUGUUAGUUAUGUCAACAGUUCGUCACAUGCGGCUUUCCAAAAUGCACAACUUUCUUCGCCAGUUUACAGUAGUGGGUCUCAACCGUCGUCUUGGUCACCUCACACUGCCCCAUUCGGAUCACCGCAGCACAUUCAGUCUCAACCAAGACCUCGCAGUUUGUCAAGGGAUUAUCAACUAAAAAUUAACGAAGUACCAUCUGAAUCUCCUAAUGCUAAUAAUAGCAGUACUAAUAAUGCAGCCACCAGAUCUGACAACCAGAGUGAAGGUACACCUAGUACUUUUGAGGAGACCGGUUGUCGUCCUCAGUCGAGACUAAGUGAGACUGGAGUAUCUUCCACACCUAAAAGUGUUACUUCAAGUGUAAAGGAUCAGUCUGACGUUCCAAACACUGCACCUUCAGUCGAGACUGUUGUGCAAAAUCCUGGCACCGAUGGAACACCACAACCACAGGUGUCCACUCCAUCCACUAUUAUAUCUAGCUUGUCUGUCAGUCCACUAUCCGUGGUAUCUCGUGAAACGUCUCCUGCGCAAAGCUAUCCGUCGUUUAUGCAAACUUCAGUAUCAUCGUCUUCCCCUAUGACUUCACAAGUGGGAAAUAUUCAGGGUCAACCAGCUACUUGCCCAAGUCCUGGUCAAAGUAAAGGGCCACAUCAAAACAGUCGGACAGCACCAUCACCUCGUCCAUACGGCGUGGUAAACCAGGAAAUGGGCAUUCCACGUAUGCCGUAUCCAUCAUAUCCUCAUCCACAAGCUCCUCCCAAUAGUCCUUAUUCAGUGAGUGGUCGGCCACCUGGAUAUCCAGCUGGAUAUCCUUUGCGCCCUCCAUCUAUUCAUUCAGCUACUUCUGUUCCCAGCUGUGUACCUGGGAGACCGCAGUUUCAACCGCAAUCGUCUGUUGGACCAACCAGUACAAGUUCUAUGCCACCUCCACUAACACUGCCAUCUUCCUCUCUCUCAUCGAAUCAGUCAACUGCUUGUGAUAACAGUGGACCCUCUCAAACAACAUUUACACAAGUUCAACCGUAUUCAACGCCUAUGUCUUCUGCUAGUACUAAUUAUGGUACAUCGGGUUCUGCUUAUGGUCCUCAUCCAUCUUGGGACCAAGAAAUUUCUUACCAACCACCGCAUCCUAGCAGUGCGUUUCAUCCUCAGUUUGGCGGUCGGCCACCAUAUCUUGGACCAACGGAUCGUGGAGUUGGUUAUCCGCCUUCUGCAUCGGUUCCUAACUCUAAUGCCUCAAACUCAAUGGCACAUAAUGGGCAAAACUUACAGCCUUCGUCUGCUGGGCCCUAUCCCCAUAAUCAGUCUCUGUCAUAUCCAAGCCAUCACACUCAGUACCCAUACUCACAGUCGCAAAUGGCUUACCAUCCUCAGUCUCAAUAUAAUCAUCCCUAUUCACCUGGACCUGGAGGUCCCAUUUUGCAACAACAGCAACAUCCCCAGCAUAUGGUAGCACCUACUAGCGCUGUCGCAUCGAAUUACUCUUCACCUAUGCUUAAUAGUUCAUCACCUUUACCUCAACAUAUUCAGAAUUCCAGAGAAGGAUUUCAUAUGCAAUAUCCUCACGAUGGACAACAUCCUCCAGUCUCGUCAUCAAAUGAGAGUUUCGUGUCAACUGGAUUUCCUCAGAAUGGUGGAUCACCUGGUGUUGUAAGACCGUCUUCGAUGAUAAAUGCUAUUUCCAAAGCAAAUCUUGUAUCUGGAAAAAUGGGAAAGAAUGAUUUACCUACUCGACCAGUUAGUUCCGGUUGUCCUACUCCAAUUUCGUCAUCUUCACAAAUUAUGAAUGCCAAUCAAAGCGGUGUAGCUUCUGGUGAACCAAACUCUGUAAGUGUUCCACAACACUAUCAACAUCGCUUAGCAUCACAGUCUAGUCAUCCACAAAUUCAACAGUAUCCUGAAGUAGGAAAUUACCCCCCGGGAUUAGGAUCUGGUUCAUUUGGGCCUCAAUGUGGAGCACCCGGUAGUAGCGGAGAAGUUUUACAAGGUCCAUCAUUUCAGGGCUUCCAGCAGCAAUAUCACUCCCCUUCCAACUCCCUGAUCCCAUCACAACAACCCCAGAAUGUUGCCAUUUCAGCGAGUAAUCAGAGUUCAUUUUAUUCUACAGAUGGAGCACAUUCGAAUGUUGGUUCUAUUCACCAAUCUUUAAGUAGUAUAUCUAGUCAGAGUCUUAGCGGUUUCCAAAAAUUGUUGGAAAUGGGAAAUGAACCUGAACGACGACCGUGGCUCGAGAAUUACAUACGUUUUAUGGAUGAUAUUGGAAAACCUGUUGUUGGUAUUCCCCAAGUCGUUAAACAACCUCUCGAUCUUUAUCGAUUUUACGUGGCUGUAAGAGAACGUGGUGGUGUAGCAGAAGUGAUAAAAGCCCGAAGGUGGAAAGAAAUAAGUCAAGCAAUCGGUAUCAGUGCGUCUGCCUCAGCAGCAUAUGCUUUACGCAAAAACUACUGUAAGCUUUUGCUGGAUUAUGAAUGCCGUUUCGAUCGUGGUGGUAUUGAUCCUCGACCUUUACUUGCCCAUAUAGAGAAUCAGUCUGGAAAAAAGAGGAGGUGUUCUUCGAUUGAUGGUGAUCCAAAUAGUUUAUCUGGUGAUUUACCUCCUCCUGCCCCUCCAUCACCAACCGGAAGUCAUUCUUCUGCAUCAUCCAGUCUUUUGCCUCCAGGUAGCAGUGGAGCUUCAUUAUCUGGUGGACCAAGUGGGACUGCUGGGAGUGCAGCAAGUGAUAGCCAGCUUGGACCUCCUUCAUCCCAGCAUCAACGUUUCAGUGACCAUGGCCAACCAGGAAGUGUUUCUACUGUUCCAGAAAGCCCUAGUUGUAUUCCGAAUGCCCCCAGCCCACCUGGCUUGUCAGGACAAAGUAGUACUUCAUAUAUGCCAUCUUCAGGUCCUACUCCUACUAAUGUUCCUUCUCCCCAGCGUCCUUCUUCAUGUACUGCUAUCAAUGGUUAUCCAAAUGCAUCUGUAUCUACUUCUGACAGCAGUUGCUGUCCAUGGCCUUGGACUCCUGAGAACAGUAAUUCCGAAACGGUUACUCACCAGUCUCCAUCAGCAUCAGAGCCAUCAACAACGAUGCCUGGUGUUGUGUUGGUAACUCGAGAAUCUACCUCAUCUCAGUACACUCAAAGUCGUAUUCCAUCUGGGAGCUUACCCUCUAACAACAAUAUCCCACCUGCAUCAAGUAUGUAUGCUGGUGUGUCGAAUUCCAGUUGCACAUCUUCUACUCCUUCAGGAAAUAUAGAAGUUAUAGCACAACACAAUUUCAACCCAUAUUUGACUCAUGGUCCUCCGUUUGUUUCAAAUCCGUCCCAUCCGAUGAUUAACCAACAUCAUGUUCCUCCUCCUCAAGCUAUUGAACACCCAUUUCCAGGAUCUCAACCCCAUAUGUAUCCACGUCACCCAAGUAACCACUCCUUCCGUACACCAUCUUUCAACCCAGCCGCUCCACCAAGUGCUGUAAGCGGAGAUUCAAUUGCUUUGCUUCGUAUGCACCAAUUACGCCCCGGCGCUCCUCAAAUGCAACCUUAUAUCCCUGGUGGUGCUGUGCCUCCAUUUUGUGGUUCUGUUAAUAAUAACAACACUAAUUUAAAUCAUAGUUCUCCUAUUCCGCCUCAUUUACUUCACCACAGUCAGCGACCUGGAUAUGUUACUACCAUUCUCAAACGUUUGGAUCAUUAUACCUUUCCACCCGACUUAGGUCCUAUUGCACCCUUUAAACUGUUGAUGGCUCUUCGAUCCGGUUUGACAGCAGAAGUGUCCUGGGCAUUAAAUUGUCUAAAUAUUUUGCUGAGAGAUGAAAACGGAAUCGAUUUAAUUGUCCCGAGUGCAUUGCCUGGAUUACUAACUAGUCUAGUUGAUAUAUGGCGUCAUACAUUGGGUGAAUUAUUUGAUCAUGACCUAUUUAUAACAUCUUUAGAGCUACCAACAGAUUUAACAGUCAUACCCUCUGCAAACACCGAUACUAAACAUGAUUUAGUGCUGAAGAAUGUACGCAAUAAUUAUUCAUCCAAUCUAAAAACAAAUUUAUCGUACUUGGAUGUAAAGGGCAAAUCUUAUCUUAAUGAUGAGACAUCUAGUACUAGUUUAAUUCAGUUGGAACGAGAAAUAGGUCGGAUUGCUGCCAUUAAAGAUGUGCCAUUAUCUUCUGUACGUGUUGGUUUGCGUCGUCUGUUACACAAAUGCAACAAUUCAAGGUCUCUCCAUCCUCCUGUUCGCCUACGCAAUGGUUUGAUGUUACGGGUUGAAAAUUUUCCCACUAUGUCCAGUGUGGCUGUGAAUCUGUCUACUUCAUGUAAUUCGUCUAGUAGGUCUGUGGAUACAAGUACUCCUGUUUCUUCUCUGAGUUCUCGGUCUAGGAAACGUGGCAAACACUUGUUGUUCUCUUCGACAACACCAAAUUACAUGUCAGGAUCUAGUAAUAUAACGAGCGAACAACUUCAUACAAAUAUGUCUUCUAAUAUAAAUAUUUCGAAUGCAGUCAGUAAAUCUGAUGGCAUAAUGGUAUGGUCAACACCACAAAUCACAUCUAUUGUGGAUAGCUUACGAGCACCAGAAGCUUAUUCAAAUUUGAGAGAUCUAGCUCUGUAUGUCAUUGAUACUCUGCUUGAAUCCCGCAACAACCAUCCACCGGAAACUAGUGAAACCUGUUCAGCUUCUCAAACUAGUGAUCAGUUGAACCCAACAAAACCAACCAUAACAACAAAAUCCAGUAGUAGCGUUUACGAUGUUUGA